UAGCACGACAGAUUUUGUUAGAAGAUUUGUCAACCAAGCAGUUUUCAAUACGUUAAAGAUUAUUGAUAACAUGGUUGGUAAAAAAAAUUACAAUAUUUUCCCUUGAUUGUAAAGUCUUUAAAUUUAUCUAUGACAAGUAGGGAAUUCUGUGUCCCAAUAAUAUACGAAAGAUGGGUUGCUUUAAGAACAAGUGGCCUACUUGUGGUCAUUUUGAUAUAAGGGAAGGUAAAAGGAGUAUAAUUGCAGAAAUGGAAUCGUGGAACGCAUUGCCGGCUUUGAAGGAUUGGAUGUUUCAUGUAAGCUUCAUUAGCCUCACUCGUCAAAUUCGUACGGAAUUUUAUACGUAUCAAGUCCUUUGGAGCGUACCUACACCAAUUUAUCCUGAACCUCAAGUCACUGUCGCAGUGUUUUUCUACGUUGCAGCGAGCACAAUUUAUCCACCUCAUUUUCCUGUCGACGUAACAUACUGUUUCGAGGGACACCAGUUUAUGCAUAAUCUGAACAUUCCAUUCAGACCUAAAUGGCUGUACGAUAUCUUAGAUAUGAAAACGAUGAUGUUCAAGACUUUCACCUUUUGACUUAUUCGUAAAUUAUUAAUUAUCGUACCAUUUGAAUUUAUGUUUAAAUAAGGAUCGUGGAACGGUAUUGAGGGCAUAUGCAAAAUGUCGUAAAAAUAAGGGUGUCGUAUUCGGCUCACGCCUGGUACACUUGAGUAUACAUAUACCGGACGUGCGUUUACUUCAAUUGGUCAAGCAGUAAGAGCAGGUGACAGCCUUCGAGGAAAAUACACCUAAUGCACCGGUCGUUUUCAGCAACCCUUACAUUACGUUCGAUUUACUAACCCUCCGCGUAAAGUAUAUUAAUAGUUCGGUAUCACGUAUUCAUGAGAAUACUAAAUCUCUUAUUUCAUUGACAGUUUUACAGAUUAUUUCAAAUAUAGUAGACUACCUUUAUACUGCCACUUUUAUAUGAAUUUAUCAGUCAUAAUGAA